GCAGGGCGAAUCGGGCGGGGCUCAACCUAGGGUUGGAGUUCAGUCGCAGCGCGGCUGCAGUUCCCGAAGCUGUUCCUAGAAUUCUGCCGAGGUCGUCUCCUGGGGAUCCUAAUCGUGAUGGGGACAGAGGUGGCAACUGGGAGGAAACUGGUGUUUCUCGUUACGUCGGCGAACCUGUUCUUCCUGGUGCUGGGCAAGGGUACAGUGUACACCUCCAGUUCUGAAGUCCAAGUUCCUGAGAAUAAGCAAGUCACGUUGAGCUGCACCUACUCCGGCUUCACCUCCCCCCGUGUGGAGUGGAAGUUCGUCCAUGGUGACACUACCAGGCUUGUUUGCUAUAAUAACAAGAUCACUGCUUCCUAUGCGGACCGAGUUACCUUUUCACCCAGCGGCAUCACCUUCAGUACAGUGACCCGGGAGGACACUGGGACUUACACGUGUAUGGUCUCUGAGGACAAUGGCAACAACUAUGGGGAGGUCCAAGUCCAGCUCACCGUGCUUGUGCCGCCAUCCAAGCCCACAGUCAACAUCCCCUCCUCUGCCACGAUUGGUACUCGGACGGUGCUGACCUGCUCUGAACAGGAUGGUUCCCCACCCUCUGAAUACUCCUGGUUCAAGGAUGGGGUCCUGAUGCCCGAUGAUCCCAAGAAUAACCGUGCCUUCAGCAAUUCUUCCUAUACACUGGAUCACAAGACAGGGGAGCUGAUCUUCAGUCCUCUGACAACCGCAGAUACUGGAGAGUACACUUGUCAGGCGCAGAAUGGUUUUGGGAAUCCCAUGAGAUCAGACAGUGUCCACAUGGAUGCUGUGGAGCCAAAUGUGGGAGGCAUCGUGGCAGCUGUCCUCGUAACGUUGAUUCUCCUUGCACUCUUGAUUAUCGGCAUCUGGUAUGCCUAUAGCCGAGGCUACUUUGAGCGAGCAAAGACAAAGUGAGUGAAAUACUGCCCCUGGGUUCUCGGAAGUUGAGAACAUGGAUGCCUGCUGUGUCCUGGAGCUGAGCUGGGCCCUGGGGAUGGGGAUGGGAGUGCAGUAUGGAGGGGGAAGCCACCAGCUUGGAGGAGCAGCACCUUCUGCCCUCUUUGUCCCAGACUUUGCCCCAGACUUCCUCUCUUUCCCUCCGCCUGUGCUUUUCUACGAGGUCUCCCUUCUGCACUUUUUAGUUUGGCCUCUAAGAUCGGUGCAGUGUAAGGAGGGUGUAGGGCUGAGCACCUCUGUGUUCUGACCUUGUUCACAGGACCUCGUCAAGUAAGAAGGUGAUCUACAGCCAGCCCGCUGCCCGCAGUGAAGGGGAAUUCAAACAGACCUCCUCGUUCCUGGUGUGACCUGGGUGGCUCAUUUUCUGUUUCUGAUGCUGGUGUUACUCCAGAGUGACCAGACUCUGGCCCUGAUGUCUGUAGAUUCACAGGAUGCCUUGUUUUCUAGACCCACAGGAUCCUCCCACUUUUAUCUUAGGAUGUAAUUUUAAGAACGUCAGCUUUGUACACCUUCCUCUUUACCACCUUCCCACCCUUUCUACCGCUGCUGAGUGGUUCCCCUUCCCUUACCCUGUGGGGAGAGUCCGCAGGAGUCUGGGUGCCUGCUGACGUCCCCUCUACGAAGACAGCAGAAGUGGUGGGGCUCCCAGGAAUCUGAAACCACUACCUGGCCUGCUGUGGCCUCAGAUAAGAAUCUUGAGCCUGACUCCCGGGCUCUCUGCUCCCCAGGUGGGGACUGGUGCAGCUUCCAGACUGGGGACUGCAGAGCGCAGCAGCUGAAAUGGUGGUUUGGUCAUGACACUGUCUUUGGAGCCCAUUUGCCUGUGUUCCCAUGAAAAGUGUCACUAGGACCCUCCUGCCCUGUCUUCCUGUAUCUAUAAGAAAAUAGGGAAGCGGAGUAAACUUUCAGGGACACAGAGCAAGAAACACUUAAAACCACUGAUUCAAAGGAACAAUGUGGGAACAACUGGACAGAUCCCUAGAAGAUGCCUGGAGGGUUGUGUGUGUUAGUUGUGACUCUGCUGAGACAGGGAGAGAAUGAGAGAGAGUGAGAAUGUGUGUGUGGUCUUCGCUGUGUGCUGACUGAAUGGUGUGUGGAAGAGCUUAUUAGCUGUUUGGCAAGAUGGAGUUUCUGUGUUUAAAUUAGCUGGAUGUUGCUGGAAAUAAAAACUUGGUUUGUCAA